AUGUACAGGUACCACCGCAAACCCCGUUCAUGGGGUUCACCACAAGCAGAAGUCUCAACACCAACGGGAAUGAUGCCACUCGCCUCCACUGUAGUCCCAACAGCAAUCUCAACAGCCUCACCCGUUACAAGAGAAACCUCCGCAUCCGCAGUUGGAGCCCCAACAGCAACAACAUCAUCAUCACUACCACCCAUGAUGAUGCCCUUUACGUCGGAUUAUGUUGGAACACAAAUGGUGACUCAUCCCAUGAGUUCGAGUUCCCCCAUUGCAGGAGGAGUGACUCCAAAUACACCACCAAAUGCAAUACAGACUUGUUUCGAAACAUUUCAACGGUAUAUGUCCGCGAUAAGUGUUCAUGCAGAGGAGAAGGCAUCCAUCCUAUCCAUGAUAGAAUCUUUAACACAUUAUGCACAAGAAAGAUUACGUAUUAAGGAGAAACUGGAUGAAGGAGAGGCAUGUUUACAGCAAUUUAUACAAUUACGCGGCAACAUAGAUGCUGCACUGGCGGGAAUCAGUUCAGCAACCCCCAGUUGUUUAACAGAUAGUUUUGCCUCUUUUUCACAACCACCAAGUACAAUUGGUUCAGCUUUCAGUACAGCCAGUAUUCAACGUGGACGUGCGAAGGUGGACACUGAUCUUGCAGAGUGUAGACGAUUACUACAACAGUUGGAGAUGUUUGCACGCUCUUUUCACGAUCUGCAGCGACGUCGUAUUCAAGCCUGUGAAAUUCUCACGGGAGGAAUAAAAGAAGACGAGAAUGAACAACAACAUCAUCAACAACUACAACUGCCACCACCACAGGUACGGUAUCCUUCUCUUACGACUACUCAGAGUAUGGGGGAGCCUGUUUCCCGUCUUCAUACUACUCUAGAUGAUUGCAUCACUCAAUUACAGAAUCAUUGGGAUAAUGUUGUGACUACUGCGGUAACAAAUCUUCUACAAAAACUUUCUGCGCAUUCACAAGAUACCAUUGGUGAUGCUCCUGUUGGUGAACAGGAUGACUCUUUUAGUAGUGACCGUAUAUUUACUGCUCUACUGCAGUUCAGUGAUGAGACCAUGGGACGUGUAGAGACGAUGCGAACUCGUAUUACACGUCUUGGCUCAAGUCGUAUUGAAGAAGCAGAGGCACUUGAAAAGCUUCUUGCAAGUAUGGAUAAUUAUGAUCCCACAGCGGAGCAACGUGCUAACCGACGAAAACAAAUCGAUGCUGAAUUAGAAGAUUUACGUUCUUGGUUAGGACAAAUUGCACAAAUUCGACAGCGUGUUGUAGAUGUGACAGAGAAGUUACAACAACAACAACAGCAGCAGUCUAUGCUUCUUGGUAAGUUGGAAAGUGCUGCAAGUUCAAGAAGACCUUCACCUUGUCCUUUUUCUCAUAAUGGUAUUGAAAGUGCGGCCUCAUCUUGUCGUCCAUCUUCGGUUUUGCCGGGGUCACUUGAGGAGUGGCGUCAAACUCUGAUCCCAACAGAGACAGGUACGGUGAGGGAGACAACGGCUGGGGGAAGUGGUCAGGCACAAUUUUCAUUCUUUCCUCAAGACUCAUCCCCGGCUUUUAUGCUCACCACUGCAGUCACUGGAGGAGCUGAACCUGCAACAGCAUCCGCAGCGGAUCAUAAUGAUAAUGAGGAUGGCGCCGCAAAUCGUAAAGCUGCAAGUAUUUCUCAUGUAGAGACACGGUUGAUACCUUUAUCAUCUACUACUGCAGCCGAUGGCACAACUGAGGGUAAUGAGAAUGAUGAUAAGAACGGUAUGUACAGGGAUAAUGUAGGCGUAAAUCCUGUAAGUAAAGGAAUGGAAGAUGAUGGAGCUCCUCGUACAUUCCGUACUGCAUCUGGUACGAAUGAUCAUAAUAAUCCUGCGGCAGGGGGACAGAUCCCAACGAAACGUCCUCGAAGUACCACACCCAUUGAUAAUAAUAAUAAUAAUAAUACUAAGGAUAACCUUGUUUGUGAUGGCGGGGAUGAUGAUGAUGAUGAUGAUAGCACAUCCUGUUAUCAUGCGAGUGCUUUUGAUGCGGGUUACCGUCGUCGCAGACCACAACGUAAACGUGGCGGUUACUUUGGAAGUCUUCUCUCCUUUGCGCGGGCUGUGGUGGAUCGGGCGACGCGGUUCAGCGACUCAGAGGAUGACUAUGACUAUUAUGAUAAUGAUUCUGAUUCUGAUGAUGAUGAAAUGAGUGGGAAUAAGAGGCGUAGACAAAGAUUAGAGUGA